AUGAAACCAGCGAUGCAACCAGCAGAUGAAGGUAAAGAAGAUAGUGGAAUCAUUCUAAGAGUCUUACAAAGUCGAGAUUCAAUGUUUCAUAAGCUUUUACUUAGUACUUUAAAUGUUAUACUUUAUAGAUAUACUGAUAGUUGGAGUAGAUUACCAGUAGAAGGAGCACUUUAUGUUUAUCAGAGAGAAGAUACGCCGAGUUUAGGCUUGUUAGUACUGAAUAGGAAGACACCAAGAGAUUUUCAUUUACUAGUAGAUAGUGGGGUAGUUGGAGUUGAAGUUUUUGAUCGGUUUAUUAUUAUUAAAAGGGCGAUUGGUUGGGAGAUAGAGGUGUAUGGUUUGUGGUUUUAUGAUAGCCAGGCGUCAAUUGCUGCUUCGUUUAUCAUAGCAGAUAAGGUUGAGUUGUUAAAAAAAUCAAAAGAUCUUUUGUUAUCUUUACAAAGUUUAAGAUAA